AUUCCGGACCUACAUAACCGGCUUCGUUCAAAGCUCGCAACAGGGAAGCUAGAGGGGUUUGAUUCCGCUGUACGAAUGCCGGCGCUCGUCUGGGAUGAUGAGCUUGCCCGCCAAGCUGGCCACAACGCACGUUCCUGUGUUUACGCUCAUGACGCAUGCCGCAAUACGAAACGUUUCCGCUUUGUUGGGCAAAAUCUGGCAUUCGCUAACACAUCCGACGGCUCUAACUCAUCCGUUGACAAACUGAUUCAGAAAUGGUCGAGUGAGUACAAUGUUACCACGCAGGCUCAGUUGGAUCGGUUUCCAGAGAAGACGACAGCCCUUCCGAUCAGUCACUUUGCGCAAAUGAUCAGUGAUCGUGCUUGGAAAAUAGGAUGUGCAGUACAGACGUGGAACGAAUCGGAUGUGACUAACGUCUACUUUGUGUGCAACUAUUCUUUUGCCAACUUUGAAGGUCAACCCGUCUACCGGCGAGGUCUCCAAGCUUCCCAAUGCCGCACCGGAGAGAAUGACUUUUAUCCAGGAUUGUGCUCGUUCAAGGAGCACAUUAUUUCUACACCAAACGCAAUAACAAACUAA